GUCUCCAGCCCUCUCUCUCGAUGGAACCACCUCUAAUGGAUGGCUUCGAUCUUCCCACCACCUCCGGCCCGUCUGCUACAAUCGCCGGCGGCGACGACCGGCCUCCGGAGAUGACCGGAGACGGCGGCUUGGAGGACGCGGACACGGGUCCGCAUCCUGACAGGUGCGAGGCGCUGGCUGCGGCCAUCGCGGGGGUGCUAGGCAGCGCGCUUGAGGAGCAUGAGGCGCGCGCCGCAGCCACCGCCCAGAGCCAGGCCGAGCUCGCCAUCGCCAUUGACCGCCUCAAUGGAGAACUAGACAAGCUAUUGGAGAAUGCUCCCUCCCCGGUAAUAGCACAACAUGCAGCAAGGAUUUCCUCUAUCCGCAAGAGAGUGUUAGCGCUAAACAUGCUACUGAGGUCCAUACAAAGACGUAUAGAUAAUAUGGAUAGAAUGAUUUCUACCGGUGUUACAAGUGAUCAUUCAUCUCGUGUGCAGUUGCAAAACCAGAAUUAAAUUUGGAUUGAGGGCAAAAUAAGUUGAAAUGAGGGCUGUGCAAAAAAGACAAAUCUGAGGCUUUUUAACACAUGACACUAUUCAUCCUCCCGGACCAGGAAUUUGUCUUUUUUGUAUAGGUCACAUUUCAACGUUUUUCAUUCUGAAAUUUUACACACAUAGGCAUAACAUACUUGUUUACUUGCACAAUUUUUUUCAGAAUUUUUUUGAAACCGAAAAGUUUGAAUUUUGAUUUGUUUUCAAAAAAAGGCCUCCAUGGCUCCCGGGAGCCAAACGUCCGUUCUCAUAUAAUGUUACAUAAGAAAAACCCUUUUAACUCACAGUUCUAUGUUUACUUACUGAUAAGUGCCUCCUAACACCAGUGCUAUGAACUGCAUGAUCUAGAGGGAUAUUUCCUGUGUUGCCCGUCAAUUGCUCACC